UGGUCGCAAUGCCAAGUUCUCAGAUUGUUCAAGCAUCUGCCAAAAGCGCGAAGAUACGUCGUUGUCGCAAGUGUAUCCCACAAUGCAGGAAAGUGUUUCUGCUCAAUCCCUGAUAUUUUUGCAGUCCUUUCUGAUGAUAAACUUAGCUUUACCUAUAUUUCGUGGUCAACUUUCUCGAAGCGCUGUGCGUUCGGCAAUGCUUCCAUUGUUGCUUUGGGGUUGUACCUCGUAGUCCAUCAACUUACAUAG